CACGGUCACAUGACAGACAAGAUGGUGGACCAUGUAAACAUUACUGCGGCAACUCAAAAGUGAAAAAUAAUUAAUGCUUUGAGAAUGGUAUAUGUUGCUUUUUUGGUUUGUCUCUUAUUUUCUCUGACCACGGCCAGUUUUCCUGCCAAUGAAACUCACUGGCAAAUAUGGAAGAAACAGCAUCACAAAAAAUAUGAAAGUGCUGCUGAGGAAGAAUUUAGAAAACAUACAUGGACGAGAAAUUUAGCCUUUGUGCUGGACCACAACUCAAAGUAUCCUUCAUUCACAGUGGAACUUAAUAAAUUUGCUGACAGAACACUGAAGGAAAUGGUGAGGGAAACAGCUGUGGUUAAAAGACAGAAGACAGAAGAGGUGAAAUACAUAUAUCAAAAACUACAAGGUACUCCUGCUUCCUUUGACUGGAGAAAAAGGGGAGUGGUCCCACCAGUUCAUAAUCAAGGCAGUUCAGGGGAUGCUGUUGCAUUUGCAGUUACAGACAGCAUAGAUAGCUACCACAAAAUCAACACUGGUCAGCUGGUUGCCCUGAGUGUCCAAGAGACUUCCGACUGUUGCACAAGAGGACACCUAAUGGGGAAUCCAUUUGCUUGCAUUAAGAAGCUGGGUGGACUGUGCUCAGAGGCAGACUAUCCUCAUAGUGCUUCUAGUGGAGUAUGUCACAGUACUUCUUGCCACCCUGCUGCACAGAUCAAAGGAUCCCGAUCUGUUAUGCAAGGUAAUGAGACAGACCUUCAACUUGCUGUUCUCCAAAAUCCUGUGGUGGUGUUGGUUGAUGCUAACCAUGCUUCAUUCCAGUUGUACAGGAGUGGGGUGUAUGUAGACAACACAUGUAGUGAUAAAAGAUUGGACCAUGCUCUCCUGUUGGUGGGGUACGGUAGCAUGUCUGGAAAGGAUUACUGGAUCUGUAAAAACAGCUGGGGAACAAAUUGGGGAAUGCAAGGUUACAUCUUAAUAGCCAGAAAUGACCACAACAUGUGUGGAAUAGCCACAGCAGCCAGUCUGCCUAUUUAAAGACACUAGCCAAGUCCUGUUUCACAUAGAAUUUAAAAUAGAAACAAUUCUCAGAAAGCCUGCUUAGAAUUUUAGCCAACUGAGUUGUGCUUCACAAUGAAAUUUCAGGCACAUGACUUCAUUUUUAGUUAUAUAACUAGCAAACCUUUUUUAUCUUAAUUUACACUAGUUUUACUCACAGUUGCCUUUUUUAUCAGACUACAUGCAGUUAUUGUUGGCACAUCUUUCCAGCAGCCCUGUUUGAGUAAUUAUAUUAUAUUUUAAUAUGUUGUUGACUGUUGAAGUUUGUCACAGUCAAGCUCAAAAACUUAAACACCUAUGCAAAAUAGUGUCAACAUCUCACCCAUCGUUACAGUAAGCUAUUGAUCAGACAUUGUUUUAAUAUACUUACAAUAUAUAUGUACUUACAGAGAUUUAUAUGAUAUCCUAAAAAGUCCCUUUGGCACUGCUAUAGCAGCAGAAUAAAGUUGUCUUACAUUCCGAUGAUAAAAACUUUUUAAAAAGAUUU